AGAGGAGAGAGAAAGCAGAGAGAGGUGAGAGAGAGAGAGCAGAGAGAGAGAGAGCAGAGAGAGAGAGGAGAGAGAAAGCAGAGAGAGGUGAGAGAGAGAGAGCAGAGAGAGAGCAGAGAGAGAGCGAGAGCAGAGAAAGGGAGAGAGACAGCAGAGAAAGAGAGGGGCACAGUUUGCUCCUGCAGCGCUGCAAGGACAGACUGCACUGACAGAGGAGGGGACACACACAGCCCAGCCUGAAGAGAGACAUGUCUACAUAACAGGACCAUCAGCACACUAAUAAUUUCUGGACUGACAGCAACACAGAACACAAAUAGAUGCCAAGGACUAGCACCUCAAAACAACCUCACAGAGAGGGAGGUCACAGUUUGAAGGUGGAACAGUUUGAAGACGGACACAGUAAAGGUGAAGGAAGACAUUUGUUCUGGAACAGACCAACAGUAUCAUCUACUCUCUGCGAUCUAUCUCUUGGAAGUGAAAAAGAGAGACUUUACAGUACAGGGCACUGGGCUGUGCUGCUCUGCCUUCAACACGCAUACCCUUCUGUGCUGCUUCUGCUGUUCCUGUUGUUCCAAACCAGGCUACAUCAGACAGAGGUACGCUGAACGUAGCAGCUCUGCUCUACACUCUAGCUAGCGGUACUGCACUGACUGACUGGUUGACUGACUGGUUGACUGACUGACCAUGAGUGAGUCGAAGAAGGGUGAUCUGGCUAUCCGGGAUAAAGCCAUCCUGGGCCAGCAGAGGCGUCUGAAGCAGGCCACCCAGUUCACACACAAAGACUCAGCCGACCUGCUGCCCCUAGAUGGGCUCAAGAGACUGGGCACCUCCAAAGAUCUGCAGCCCCACAGCAUCGUGCAGCGCCGCCUCAUGGCGGGAAACAUCCCACAACUGCGUGGCGAAGCCCGCGUGGGGAGACCCUCGCCCCUGGUCGACAGCAAGGAGGGGGGCGCCGGCGACGCAGAGGAGAAGAGCGAGAGCACGGCUGACGACUCCACGGAGGAGAGGGAUUCGCCGGAGGAGAGCGAGAGGAGCCUAGAGACGAGGUCGGACGAGGAGGAGGACAGCAGCGAGGCCGGAGGGAAGACAAGCAGCACGGCUGGGAACGAUAAAACAGAGGAGGGGAGGAAGGAGAUGCAGAGGACGGAGAGACCUCUCACUGCCCUGCUGGUCCAGUGCAAGUGCUGUGACACUGAGGUGAAGGCUUCCAUCAACACCGGGAGUCAACACAACCGCAUCUCCAGCACCUGCUGCAGGAGGCUUGGAUUGGUUCCCACCCAGGAAGGUCCACCCUGUGAGCAGACAGAGGGCCAGGGCUCUGUGAGGGGCCUCCAGCUGCAGCUGGGCAGACAGAGUGUCCAGUGCUCUGCCCACGUCACCGAGGAUGAGGUGUUUGAGCUGUGCCUGGGUCUUCAGACUCUGCAGGAAAUCAAAUGCUGUGUGGACCUGAGCAGUAGAGUCCUAAAGCUCCAGGGCUCAGGGGAGGAGCUGCCUUUCCUGGAGCCGCCAUUGGUCAGCCAGUGCCAUCACCAAGACAGCAAUGAGAACCUGUGACGCCGGCGUGUAACAACCUCCCAGCCGUCCCACACCCUCCUCUGAUUGGCUGGCGCUGUAAAAACAUGAUGCAGUCUGGGUCUGGACUGUCCAACCAGUGUUUCGCACUGCCAGCAACAUGGUUGAACACCCCAAUUCUCUUCAGUUUACACCAUUGUGUUUGUUUCUGUGGAAUUAAGACAUUACCAUGAUGUUACUGCUGUAUUGAAUUAGCCUAGUUUAUGGAGCGGAUGGAGCUCAAGGAUUGGGACGAUUCUAUGUGACAAUCUUCAUAAUUAUGUUCUUAAUCAAGGUGUUUUUUAUCUGACAGACAGUGCAUCAUUGUUCAAUAUACUCUUGGGACAAAAGGAAUCCAAAAGGGUUCUUUGGCUGUCCCCAUAGGAGAACCCUUUCUGGUUCCAGGUAGAAUUGUCUUUGUAAAGAGUUCUACAUCGAUCUCAAAAGGGUUUUACCUGGAACCAAAAAGGGUUCUUGAAAAAGUUAUCCUAUGGGGACAGCUGAAGAACCCUUUUAGGUUCUAGAUAGCACCUUUUUUUCUAAGAGUGUACUGAAACAUACUGAGGAGUCAGACGAUGAUUAUCAUUUGAAAUUAACAUAUUGUGACUUGGAGGUAUAAAAUAAUUUACGUUGAUCAUCAAUUAAAUGCCAAAACUGUUUAAAAUCAAAAUCAGUUCAGCCUUGAGGAAAGAAUGAUAUCUCCCUCCCUUUACAGAGAGAUAGUCUCCUGGAUAUCUCCUAGAUAUCUCCUAUGAUAUCUCCCUCCCUUUACAGAGAGAUAUCCUAGAUGUCCUAUCAUACGUGCUCAAGAGAAACGGUGAAAAACCAGGUCUUAUGAAACCUUUGAAUCUGCCUGUUAAAAAAUCUAAUUGAGAGUCAGGACAGACAGGGAAUACUGGAAGAGAUGUGAGGAGACUACUGCUAUUCCUGAACUAACUGCCUUCAGCCAAGUGAAGACUCUCUCUCGUCUAUUUUCCCAAAUGAAGAGUGCUCCUAAGAAUGUCACAAUGACCCACAUCAAAACUAGUUCUCAGUAAUUCCACUGUCCUGGAGCUAGUUGUGUGUGUCAGAUGGACAGCACAGCAAAAAGAUCCAAACAGUCCAUAAUUCCGCAUUAUUUUUUGUCAAAAUCUGGAUGUUAGUGUUCCUGUGAGAGUGUGUCAGUGCGUGUGACUUGGAGAUGUGCGAGUGUGUGUACGUACUGGUGGAUGUGCACUGUCUGUAUGUGUGUGUCUGUGUGUUGGAGUGCAUGUCAAUCGAGGAGGGGCUUUUCUGUUUCGAUAUGGUUAGUGGCUAGAGUUUCACAUGGGAAAGAAAAAGGGAUGAGUUCUAUUUACUUCUCCUCCCAGCUCCUCCUACUCCUCCCAGCUCCUCCUACUCCUCCCAGCUCCUCCUACUCCUCCCAGCUCCGGUCAGAGGGAGAUGCCAAGAUCGGAUCGGCGCAGCGGUACAGAAUUAUCAUCAAGCCCCUUGUUGCCUGACUGACAGUUUCACACUACAGGGUCAGCUACAGGGCCGAAACAUACUGUGCUGGCUUGAAAAUCGUAUUUUCUCUUAUCCUUUACAGCACGGUUCCAGCUACUAUGGUGGAUACGUAACGAGGCCAACCCAGUACUGUACAGCUCGGCUUGGUUCAGUUUGACCCUAUGGUGUGAAUCAGGCAUGAGAGAGAGCCAAAAGGCCACACUAUAAUCUUCCCACUAUCAUGCAUUACACUCUGCCUUGAUCCAUUCGCAUUGUUUGGACAAUCGAGAAGUGCUUCAGACACCCUCAGAAAGGUCUUCAUACUCUGCUUUUACCAUCUGGACCUGUAUUCAAAAAGUCUCUGAGUAUGGGUUUCCACUAGAUAGCACAGCCACAAAGUCAAAAUGGGCUAUAUUGAAAUAAAUACAUGAAAACAAAAAUGAGCUUUUUGGUCUUAAUUCAAGGUUAGGCAUAAGUUUUGCAGUGAGGUUACGGUUAGGUUUAAAAUCAGAUUUCUGGAAGAGACGUAGAAAUAGGCUGGGUUUAUGACUUUGUGGCUGUGGUAACUAGUGACUACCCUGGGUAGGUGCUGAUAUCGGAUCAGUCAUGCCUUUCAGAGCACAAUGGAUAAGAUUACAUGGACCUGAUCCUAGAUCAGCACUUCUACUCAGACUUUUUCUGAAGAUGGGCCUUGGACAGUGCCAUGCUCUCGACUGUGUAACAACAUCCAUCUGACCUCUAGCUCUUUCUUUGGAGGUGAACCACGAAUAGAUUGCUAAUGUUUCGUACUAGUGUACUUCCUAAUAUGCUGUGCGAUGGUAAUCGAUGUAUGAAAUACAUUUAUUUUUUGUGUUUUUUCUGAACAGUAUUUUCUCUGCCUAUUAAAAUAUGUAUUCUGGCUA